CGUUGUCUCCGGCCCGGUCCCGGCGGCCGAGGGGCGGCGGAGCUGCAGCCCCGGGGGGGCCACACGCUGUUCCGCGACCGGGGGCCAGAUUUCUUCCCCGUGGCGGCGGGGAGCCCGCCCGGCAUGGAGCGGGGCUCUCCCAGGCAUGUUCCAAGGUGAGCUGGAGUGGUGCAUUUCACAGCUGGAGGCAAAUCUUCACCUCAGUCCAACCCCAAAACAAGCAGAGGAGACACAGCACAUUCUCAAGGUGCUGCGCUCCCGUGAGGUUCCUCUUGUGAAGAAGCAACAAGUGAUGAACCACGUGUUUGGGGAUUAUCAUCUCCAGAUGGCUGAGGAUCAGAAGAGCACAGAGAAAGCAGCCGUGAAGGUACAGCAAAGCGAUGGGCAGGCUCCAGAAGGUGUGGUAUGUGGGAAACAAUCUGACCAAAUCUCCGACGCAAAGCUGAAGGGGCUCAUGUCAUCUGACAGCAGCUUCCGCUUCGAUUUUAAACUUUCUGAGGUUGACCCAGCAGCAACGGGCACACCUUCGGAAGCGGUCCCUGGUGUCAGUGGUGCUGAGCAGAUUCAGACCAACUCCACUGCGCGUGAGAACUGGAACGGAGCCUUGAGUUUUGCUGCCUCUGGACAAGAACCCAAGUUUGCUUUCAACUUUUCCAUCCCAAAUGAAGACUGUCCUCUUGUUCCAUCCGUCCCCGCAAGCCCACGCACAGAGCGCCCAGCAGAUCAUGAAGUGCUGGGUGAUUCACUGCCAGCUGAGCCGGCAGCUCUGCCGCAGGUUUCAGCCUUGCAGAAGCCUGAGUUGACUCCAGCUGCAGGUAGUGCACCCAAAGAGGACAGCAGCCAUGUCACAUUAACAGUCCCCCAGCCAGAGACUGCUCCUGGAGAUGACACGGUGACAGAGAAAUCAGCAGCAGAUGGAGCUGCCCAGAAGAAGAAAAAGAAGAAGAAACAAAAAAAAUCUGGCGGUAAGGAGGAGACAGCAGAAACUGACAUCAACAGAAAGGCAAAGGCAGAAGCUAAUGGAUGUCAGAAUAAAGAUAAUUACCACCAGGAUGCGACCUCUCAGCAGCCAGAUGAACAGCUGUGGAAAGAGGUGGACUGGUGUGUGGAACAGCUGGAACUUGGCCUGAAGACACAGAAAUCCACUCCAAAACAGGCUGAGGAGGCUCACCGUGCCAUCAAGACACUGCGCAGUGACAAGGCUCCACUGGUGAAGAAACGUCAGCUCAUGAGAGCCAUGUUUGGGGACUACAGGAAGAAGAUGGAGGAGGAGUGGCGCAAAGAGCUGAAGCUCAUGGAAAUAGCUAUGAAAUCUGCCAAGGUGGUGGACUUGAAGGGAAACAUCUGCAACAAGAACUUCCAGUUCAUCCGGAAGAGCUCAGCAGCUUCCAGGAAAAGCCAAAGUUCGGCGGGGUCUCCUUCGGAGUCAACCAGGACACUUAACACAGACUCACUGAAAUUUGCAACUUCCCAAGAAGAGUUUUGCUUUAAUUUCUUCUAGAAAAGUCUUUUAGACUAAAACUGUAGCUAAAAACUGUGCCAAAUCUCCUGUAAACUUAAGAAUGGUGAAAGGAUGCUGUGUAGUAGAAAAUGUUAUGGAAGAAUCUCUCUGUAUUUCCUAAAGAAAGGAUCCUCUUUCAGAGUGCCUUAUCUAGAAGUUUAAAACAGAUCUGCCUACUACAGGUGUGACCCCAAGCCUCAGCUUCCACACUGCUCCUCUGUCCUCACGGUGUAGAAAGGCACCUUUCCAAAGAUCAGCACAGAGUCUGGAAGGAUCUGUUUUUCUUCCUACAGAAUUGACAUCAACCAAUUCUAUACUGGGAGAUUUUCCUGUUUGCUUCCUGCUUUUAAAUAGAGCAGACCUUUUAUAGCAGAUGAGGCAGUGAUGCCUGCACAAGGGAAUGGUUUGUGAUGAAGAUCCAGCUUCCAUGAAGGUCCAGCAGUGUAUCCACUAACUCUGAUGGAUAGUGGAAUGCUUCCAUUCCAUGUGAGUCUGUGUGAAUGCAGUGUCUGGUAUCCAGAAGGGUCUGGGCAGCAUGUGUCAUCUCUGCCAUCUAGAGAAUGCAAGCUCAGGAUCCUGGAGGAGAAUGAGCGAAAGCCAUCCUUGCUUAUUCAUCCCUUUAAUUGGCAGGUGUAGGCUUAGAAGACAACUGUAAAUGCUGAUUUAAUCUAGCCUAGGAAUAUAAGGACAGUUGUUUCCAGACAGGGAAACACUUUUGUUGCUAAAGCCAGGUUCUAGCCAGCUGGGAAGGAUGUACAAUCAGUUAUUAAAAAAAGUUUACUUUAUAAGUAGUCCCUUUACAGCCACCAGUGACUCUGAGGAUAAAUCAGCUGUGUGCCAGACCUUGGGUGGCAGUGAAAUCAACUGCGAGCCCAAAGACUGUCUCGCAUUUGAUUUGUAUUAGAUUUUUGCUUUCUGAACAGUUAAAUGUGUGUCUCCAGCAAUUCGAUACUGCAUCAGUCACUGAGCCCAUCUCCUGUGUUCAUGCAGAAAAUCUUCCCCAGGAAGCCUAGAAAAGCUGAAGGAACACAAGUCCUUUAAAAGGAAACAUGGUAUCAGGUGUCCCUGGGGUGCAGCACUUUCCUUCCUUUUUAUAGUCCAAUCAGUCAUCCUGUACGAGAAGCGAGCAAUGGGAGUGUAGGCAGAUUCCAGGGUGUACUGAGAGCAGUGAGAGAUGGUGGGAAACAUACGCUGGGAAAGACUUCAAAAAAACUGAUGUAGGCUACAAAAAAAUUUAUUACUAAGCUCUGAUGCAAUCAGUUGCAUCUGCAAGGAUGGGUUUUUUUGUUUUAAAUAUUUUAAAGAAUGCCUGUCUAGGCAUAAGGAGAAGGCGAACUGGGUAACGUAUCUGAUCAGGAGAAAUACACAGACUUUAAGUCUUCUGGAAAUCAAUAGGUUAAAACUGGAAAUGAAUAUGUUAGCAGAUCAUUAUUUUCCUUGCUGGGGAGCACUGCUGUUACUUUGCGUGGAACAACACUAUACAGUAGUUUAGGGAUUUCCAGGAUUUUAUAGUAAACAUACAAAAGCUAUGUCAUUGUCAAACUUCUAGUGUUUUCGUGCCAUUUACUACGAUUAAAGAGCGUCCUCUACAUGACCUUGGAA